GAAGCCGCAAAGCUAUUUCAUCCCGGAUGAGCCUGGCCACAACAAAACAGGAAGCGGAGCGUUGAAUCGCCGGAAAUGCCGAGGUUAGUUUUCUCUCCUCUCGCGCUGUCCCCUAUCGAGACGAAUUGCCGCGUCCAUCCGCGGACUGGCUCGCUUCUCCCGCGGUGCGACGCCCAGGCGGAAGGCCCAACCAGCCUUCGACUUCUUUAGAACAUCUACAACUUGAUUGGUGGUGCUGGAUAUCUGCACUCUCCUUUGAGCAUUAUCAUCGAAAUGGAUGCGAGGGCGUUGGCGUGGGCGUGUGUGCUGGUGCUGGGGGCGGCGGGGGCGGCCAAGACGCCGAAGGAGCCACUGCCCUACCUCAACAACUCCCAGUGCGAGCAGUGCGAGCCCUGCCAGGCGUGCCAACCCUGCGCGUCGUGCGUCCAGCGCCCGUGCCCGGCCCCCGCCCCCGCGCCCCCGCCCCCGCCCUGCCGCACGCCCUGGGCGCUGGUCGCCAAGUACAGGAGCCACCCGGGCAUCGGCGUCUACCGGCUGCACACGCAGCGCGCCACGUGGACCGAAGCCCAGAAGAUUUGCGAGGCGGACGGCACGCACCUCGCCGUCAUCAACUCGCAGGCUGAAGCCGACCUCUUCAAGAAGUUCUACCAGGAGGCUCGCAUCUCGGACUGGUUCUUUCUGGGAUUCAGCAGAGGCAAGGACGGGAAAUUCUACACGGUUCAAGGGCGCCCGCUGUCGAGCGCGGGCUACGCGCGCUGGGGCGCCAACGAGCCCAACAACGCCAACGGCAGCGAGCACUGCGGCUUCAUGCUGGCCAGCGGGCUGCUGGCGGACGGCUGGUGCGACGCGCGCCUCGCCUUCAUCUGCGAGGCGCCGCUCUAGGCGAUCCACUGAACUACGCUUCGACUCGCUUUUUCUUCGACUUUUAGCUCGAUUAUUUUCAUGCAAAUAUUAUGUUUCAAGACUAGCUAGCAAAAUAUGAAAGUACAUCUCUGCUUUUCAACUUGAGGAAUGCAUUUGCUUGUCUACAUUAUGGAGACACACUUUCGCCAUUAAUUUCAUGUUGGUAAAACUAAUAAUAUGGAAAAUCACUCUGAAUGUUCUAAUAUUUUAGUGAUUGUGUUAUAUUCGGUAUGGAAUAAGAAAUAGACAGAAGAAUCAGUUUUCCUAUAAUCAUCCUAAACCAAGUGCAUCAUUAAGUUACAAUUGUUGGUGUAAUUGUAUAAAAAUAUAUUAGUUUAUAUUAGGAUAUAACAUUGGUUAUCUUGUAAUGAUCUUAGCUUAGUCCAAACAUUUAUCUUUUAGGCUAUUAUUGUAGAGAAAUUCUAUUGCCAUUUUAACUUUUAACUGAUACAGUCGUUUCUCAUGAGUACGUGUGUGAAAUGAAUAUUAAUAAAAAUAAACAAAUAUUAUU